AUGGCGGGUGGUGGCAGGACACCUCUCCCGCCAAUUGAGGAGCUACUGCUUACAGGCCGCCCGCGCUUUCUGGUGUAUAAAAGGCGGCCCCUUGCCUGGCCUCCAACCUCUCCAUCCCUUCACCUCAAGGCAAGCAGCUCUUCUCCCGCCGUCGGAGCAGAAAGAGACGAGGGCCUUCCCAGGCUGUGCUCGCGCGAGGAGCUGGCUAAGCUGGAGGAGUCGCAGCGCGGCGCCACCGCGGGCGAGACAGAGGAGCAGCGCAACAAGUUCCUCGUCCUCCGCCUCUACGAGGCGCUCAACGCCCGCGACCACGCCGCCGUCCAGGCCCUCCUCGCGCCGGACCUCGAGUGGUGGUUCCAUGGCCCGCCCAAGCACCAGCACAUGAUGCGCAUCCUCACCGGUGGUGUUGCCAACAACAGCUCGUCCUUCCGUUUCGUCCCCCGCUCCGUCGACGCCUUCGGCUCCACCGUCAUCGCCGAGGGCUCUCCUGCUGAGUCGGGGGUGUACUAUUGGGUUCACGCGUGGACGGUGGGCCCGGAUGGGGUGAUCACCCAGCUCCGCGAGUACUUCAACACCGACCUCACCGUCACCCGCCUCGCCGCCGCCAAGUGCGUCUGGAAGAGCCGCCGCCCAGACAGCGCCACCAACUCACUCCCGGGCCUCCUCCUCGCCAUCUAGACGAGAUCCAUCCAACGAUUAGCUAGCACUGGAUUUGGAUGUCCCUGCUUUGUUGCUUUGUGUUAGUAUCGUCGUAAUUUGCCGGUGAUGGCGAUGUUAACGAGCUUGAAUAACAAGAGUGCCUAUUAUUUCUUGCA